CUUUCAGAGAAGAAGAACUCCUCCUAGACCAGGAAGUGAGAUAGUCGGUAUCAUAACAAAACAAGAGUAGCCUGUUCAUCAGCUGAAAAUAAGAUUUCUUUGAGCAGCUGGAAUCAUAUUCGUCUUGUCAUGGAUGAUAUGAUCUUCAAUUUAAGGUUCACUUCUAAGCAGCUUGAGAGACUUGCUAAGAAAGCAGAGAAGGAGUCUGAAAAGGAGCAGGCCAAGGUUAAGAAGGCUUUGCAACAGAAAAAUGUGGAAGUUGCCAGAGUCUAUGCGGAGAACGCUAUCCGGAAAAAAAAUGAAGGUCUCAACUGGCUGCGCAUGGCGUCACGAGUGGACGCGGUGUCCUCCAAAGUCCAGACUGCAGUCACAAUGAAAGCAGUUUCCAAAAGCAUGGGCCAGGUGACCAAGUCCCUGGACAAGGCUCUUAAGUCCAUGGACCUCCAAAAGAUAUCUGCUGUCAUGGAUAAGUUUGAAAGCCAGGUGGAAAACCUUGACGUUCACACCUCGGUGAUGGAUGACUCCAUGAGCUCAGCGACUACACUGACCACACCUCAGAACCAGGUGGAUGACCUGAUCCACCAGAUAGCAGAGGAGAGCGGUCUGGAGGUGAUGGACCAGCUCAGCCAGCUGCCUGCAGGGGCCACCUCAGUGGGAGCUGAGAGCUCACGGAGCAACGAAAAGGAGGACCAGCUGUCUCGACGGUUGGCUGCUUUGCGGAACUGAGGGCUCCUCCGGGAGAGGUGACCGCCGCCUACAGCUGUGUGUAAGCAGAUGGGCUUAAUGAUGGCAACACGAGCUGUGUGUGUUUCUAUUGAACUGUUCCUACCGGGAGGACUUAACAAGCCUAUUGAUUACCAUCCCCCCUGCUCUAUAAAUACACACAUCGGCCUGAAAUACCAACUGAGAGGGCUUGAAUCUCACCCAGGUUCACCUUCUUAUUUCGAUCCAUCUAUUCCUGUCCCUUCCUUUCCCCUCUAAUUCCCCCUUGCAUCUCAUUUUACCUUCCCUCUCCCUCCCUCCUUUUUUUUUUUAUCCCUUCUUCUCUGCCACUUUUUCUACUCCUUGGCUCUGAUAUCACACUCUUAUGGAUGUAUGCUAUGUAAACAAAAAGAAACCAAUCUUAUAAAUUGUAUGAUGUAUAAUAAUAAAAAGUUUUAUUAGGCAGUUA